AUGUUCCUGGUUAAUUUGACUUUAUUGCAGAAGUGCAACACCUUUGAUGGUGAUGGGACCAUUGACCUCAGUGAUCCCUACCCCAGGUGUUUUGUUCCAGCUGAAGGCGAGUUGGCCAAGCUCCAACGCCAGUUCCGCCUUUUAGAAGGUGACCGCCAUGCUUAUGCCUUGGAGUCUCGUGAAAUCAUCCGCAGACAGAUGGUUGAGGUCAAGCGCCUGGAAAAAGAGAACGAAGACCUACGAUACAAACAGGCUGUGGCUGAGGGCCACGCCAACCAGAAGAAAGAAAAAGCCCAAAGCGAAACUCUCCAAUCCUUGUUGACUGAACGGGAUGCAGCGAAGGAACAAAUGAUUAAAGAAAAAAAGCAGAUAACUCAGCUUGAUCAGGAGAUCCAAACCUGGGAGAACCGUUUGGCUGACCGGAAGCAGAUGGUGGGCAGUGACAGCCUGAUCCAGGAACAGAGAGCCCAUUUGCAAAGAAAGAUUCAGAUAGUAGAAAACCAACUAGAUAAGAUCUCCUCCAAAUUCAGUUCUCAGCUCGUCUUGAAUUCACAACUACGUGAGGAUCUAGAAAUUCUCCAAGUUGGAUAUGAUCACUUUGAACAGCAGUAUAAAGAUUUAGAGGAGACUGUGAUUCGUGACAUGAUCAAUGUGUUUAUAGCAAAAACUAAGAAAGCCAUUGAGAAGAAUUCUAAAGAAGAACGGAGAUGGAAAGACAGUGAGGAAGAGUUGCUUGAAUCUUACAGCAAUGCCUUUGAUAAACUCCUGGAGCUCACUGGCUCAAAAGAUCUGAAUAUGGCUCUGGAUACAUUUAUUAAAGAUAGGAAAAGGAAUUUUGCUCAGUUCAACUAUGUCAAUGAACAAAACAGCCAGAAGAACCGACUAUGGGAAGAAAUUCAUGAGCUUUGUCAUGAGAUCCAGGAGAUUCAAAAGCAGAACAGUCAAAGGGAGGCCCAACAGCUGUUGCAGCUCCAGGAAACUGAAGCCCAACAGGAGGAGACGGUGAAAGAGGCCAAUCAGGCUGAGCAGAACCUGAAAAGGUUCCCCAAGAUUUGGGAACAGCUUAAAAGCGCAAUUGAAUCUCUCUUCUGGAAACUGGAGUGUGACCAUUCCACGCUGGAAAAAGUGCUGGGCGGGACAACAACUGCUCAGGAUAAGAAUGUUGCCAUUUACCUGAGCAUAACUGAACAGAAGGUCAAUAAGCUGCUCACAAUGUAUUCCUUCAAGAAGGCUGAGGACAAGGACGAGUCCUAUGACACUGUGGAGACAGCACAGCUGCUCCUGGGGCAGACACCAGGGCUGUGGCCAAUGGCGAUGACUGUUCGGCCACCCACAGCUGGACUUGGCCAUGAGCCAAUACAAGAAGAGGACAACAGACCUUUAACUCAUGAGGAGCUCAGAGAAAAAGUAAUAAAGGAGGUGAGUUCAAGAGACAGAGCGAGCUAA